AUGAAUAACAGUGUGAAUGAAUUCAUUCUGUUUGGAUUGACACAGGAUGCUGGCAAGCAGAAAGCAGUAUUUGGGAUUUUCUUGAUUCUUUACCUUGCAACUCUGUUUGGGAACUCUCUCAUCAUGGUGACUAUUAAAACAAGCCAGACCCUUGGGAGUCCCAUGUACUUUUUCCUUUUCUACCUAUCCUUUGCUGAUGCUUGCUUUUCUACAACGACAGCCCCCAGAUUGAUUGUGGAUGCCCUUUCUCAAAAGAAGAUCAUUUCCUACAAUGAGUGCAUGACUCAGGUCUUUGCAGCCCAUUUCUUUGGAUGCACAGAGAUCUUUGUGCUCAUCCUCAUGGCCUUUGACCGCUAUGUAGCCAUUUGUAAGCCCCUGAGAUACACAACCAUAAUGAGCCACCACGUCUGUGGUAUAUUAGUGAUUUGGGCCUGGAUAGGGUCUUGCAUUCAUUCUUCGGCACAGAUUUUCCUGGCUUUGAGAUUGCCCUUCUGUGGCCCAAAUGUAAUUGAUCACUAUUUCUGUGACUUGCAGCCCCUGUUGAAACUUGCCUGCAUGGACACCUAUGUGAUAAAUUUGCUGAUUGUGUCCAAUAGUGGGGCCAUCUGCAUGCUGAGUUUCAUAAUUCUGUUUAUCUCCUAUAUCGUUAUCUUAUACUCUCUAAGAAACCACAGUGCCGAAGGAAGACGAAAAGCACUUUCCACAUGCACGUCCCACUUUAUCGUGGUUGUCAUAUUUUUUGGUCCGUGUAUAUUUAUAUACACACGCCCACCAAUGACUUUUCCAAUAGACAAGAUGGUGGCUGUGUUUUAUACCAUUGGGACACCCUUACUCAACCCUCUGAUAUAUACACUAAGGAAUGCAGAAGUGAAAAAUGCCAUGAGAAAAUUAUGGUAUAGAAAAAUUGACAUCAGUUGA